GUUUCGACCCAGGCCCUGCAAGAACAGUCUUGAGCCCUGCAGCUAGCAAUGGUUUCAAGAAGCGGCAAACACCCAGCCCUGUUUUGGCUUUUUGCUGACACCCUUUGUGACAUCCGCUGGCGUUCGCUCGAUCACCGGCUCAAGCAAGAGCUUGCUUCAGUGCUCUCCAUGCCAUGAAGGAAGGUCAAGAUAGUCAAGGCCAAGGCGUCAUGUUCGCCACGAGUGAGAAGUCGGCAAAGUCCCAGUCUUCGGGAUCCAACGCCUCAACGGGCAUCGCAGAGAAGAGCCAAGCUUUGGCUAAUGUGGCCUACGACCAUGAGGAAGCGCUAGACGCAUUUUUGCUAGGUAUAGAGAAAGAUCCCGUGCGCUUUGAGAAGAUGAUUGGUUGCUACAGGGCGAUGGCGGAAGUCCAAUUCGAGCGGCAGCAACGAAAGGAGCUGAGCCUCGGUGAGAAGCGUGGUGAGACAGUGCAGUGCCUACCGUGUGAGGCUCUGAGUUCCACGUGAGGCUCUGUUGGGCUGCGCCUGCCAACAUGCAGAACCUGAAUCUCCGACUCACAGAUGGUUCUC